AUGGGCCGCCUGGAGGUGCGAGUUUGCGGUGCUCGCAACAUCGGCCACACCCAACGGACCGGUGUCCCCGACCCGUACGUGAAGGUCGUGAUGGGUGACCGGAAAAAGACGCAGGUCAAGUACAAGACAAAGGUGGCCCACAACAGCCUCAACCCAGCCUGGAAUGAGGUGGUCAAGUUCCAGAUCGCCGAUUAUGACUCCGCACAGGUGGUGUUUGAGCUUUGGAACGACAACGUCAUUGUAGACGACCUCAUGGGGGUCUACAGGCUCUCUGUGAACGGCUUGACACGCCGCGUAGUGAAGGACAUGUGGGUCAUCCUCACAGGCACGCACCUCUCCUCGGCAGAGCUUCAUCUGCAGGUACUGGCAGUGGACUUUGGCGCUGACCCUCAGCCCAGCAGUACGAUGGUGCACUCCAUCGAAGAAUAUAUUGGCGCUGCAGCCACGAAUCCUGAGAUGGUUGCUACAGAGACGAAGACGACAGCAUCUGCGGGUGACUUCGACUCCGUCGAGAAAACGAUGUGCGGCGAGCCGGCGAUGGGCAUCCCGCUGCAGGCACAGGUGGCGCCUUCACCACAGCCGCUGCUGCAAGCCGUCUAUCUGCCGCCGCAGCCUCCACCACAGGUAAUGUACUACCAGCAAAUUCCACCACAAGGCGGCUACUAUGGUGCAGCUCCGCAGCAACCGUACUACAUCUAUGGCCAGCCACCAAUGUAA